AUGACCUCGUACGCCGCCCAGCCUCGCGCGUCGUCCUUCCUCGCCUCGUUCGCAGACAGCCCCAAGCCACCAACACCGACAGGCAUCCCCGCGCCCCUCGCUUCGACCUACGACCUAUUCCUCAACCCCGUCACCCCCCUCGCAUUCGGACUCGUAUACUUUGCGACCGCCAAAACCCUCUCGCACUACCAGAACGGCAAGAACCGCAUCAAGGGCAAGGGCUGGGACGUUGCAGUCCUCGUGCACAAUAUCCUCCUCGCGGUCUACUCGGCGUGGACGUUCCUUGGAACCGCGCCGCAGAUCUUUGGCGCCUUCGUCCGCGGGUACAUGGCGGACGGCUUCGCCGGCUUGACCCACGCCUUCUGCGACUCGUCGUUCGCGAUCUGGCAGCAGACGACGUUCCCCAAAUUCGCCUACCUCUUCUACGUCAGCAAGUUCUACGAAAUCGUCGACACGGCUAUCUUGCUGUUGAAGGGCAAGAAGGUUGGCAUGCUCCAGUCGUACCACCACAUGGGCGCCAUCUGGACCAUGUACGCCGCGUACGCCACGCAGGCCAUGCCCGUCUGGCUCUUCGUCGUCUUCAACUCGUUCAUCCACUCCAUCAUGUACACCUACUACGCCUUCUCGACCGUCUCGCUCCCCUUUCCUCGCUUCCUCAAGAAAUCCCUCACGCGUCUCCAAAUCACCCAGUUCCUCGUCGGCGGAUCACUCGCCGCCUCGUACCUCUUCAUCAAGCUCCCCGACCUCCCUUCCGCGGAAGAGAUGUCCGCUGCGGCAACUUCGAGCUUCGAGGCGGGCGUCGGCGCGCUCAAGCGCGAGGGUCCGACCUGCCUCGUCAAUGCGGCGCAGCGCCAUGCCACCCUCCUCAACUGCGCGUACCUCGUGCCCUUGACGUACCUCUUCGUCGCCUUCUUCUUCAAGACGUACCAGAAGAACUCGGCGGCCAAUGCGGCGGCCAAGGCCAAGGCCAACGCGAAGAAGGCCAACUAG